GUCGUCUAUCCAGUGCUCGUGCGACCGGUGUGCGUUUCGGACGGAGUACUCGAAAUUCUGCUUUCUCGCUCGGUCUUACCGGGACACCCGUUCGUGCCAAGCUCGGGCGAGUCCCCGAUCGGGUAUUCCUCUCGGCGGUACACGCGCGCGGUGUGGAUAGGAUAUACACAUCGCGGAUCAUGCGCCGCGCGGAGGACACGUGCGUGCGGUGCCGAACUCGGUAGCUUUUCUCUUUUUUUUUUCGUCCUGUCAUCCAGUGCUGGUAUUCGCGGGUCGCGAAACAGGGACGCGAGGGCGUAUUCCAGAGUGUAUCGUCAACAUCGGCUGUCAUUAAAAAUUGUCGAAAUUUGUCGAAAUUGAAUGAAAUCGAAGCGAUCGCGCACCCGCCUUGACACGCCCCUGACACCGGUAAGAUCUCUCCUCUUCUCUCGUUUGGCGCUUUUAUCGCGGGCGUCGCGGAAAUGCGGUGGAAUUUUGACAUGGCGCAGCCGGCUUCGGGUGCUCGCGGUUCGUGACUCACGAGUACAUCUUGCGACUUGGGACUGGAAUUAUAAUCCGCGCUCGAUUUCUCGAUCGAACGAUCGGUCCCUGACGCGUGAAACAUCGGUCGCGCGUGUCCGAUAAGUUUGUCCGUCACGAUAAACAAAUACACACUCGCGCAGCCAGUGAAUCGAAAGAGCUGGACGAGCAAUUGGGCACGAACGCGAUCAAGAAGGUAAAUACCCAUUGGAAGGUGGCUGCGAGAGGGGCGGUGAAGGUCACGGAGUUGAGUCUAAGGGUGGCAUCAUGGACUCUCAUCAGCAGCAGUUCUGCCUCAAGUGGAACAGUUUCGGCAGCAACCUAGCAACGACGUUCUCAAACUUAUUCAAAAGCGAGAGUCUCACCGACGUCACCCUCUUCUGCGAGGGAGUUACGUUCAAGGCGCACAGAUUAAUUCUCGCAGCAUGCAGCAAGCACUUUCAGGAGCUUUUCGAAGGAAUGCCGCCUUCUCCCGCGGGACUGAUCGUUAUUCUCGACGGGACGAGUGCCCAUAAUAUGGCGUCCCUUCUCGAAUUCAUGUACCGUGGAGAGGUACACGUGUCCCAGGAAUCCCUCAGUUCUUUCCUCAAGGCGGCUGAAUGCCUUCAAGUUAAGGGUCUGUCGAUCAUCGAACAUGAAAAAUUGGCUGUGGCGCAGAGGCACGCCGCAGAGAGUAGCAAUACUUCCGCGGACGUAGAAGGUAGCAGUGGAGGCAGAGAAGGCAGUAACGGUACCGUAGGAAGUAGCGUCGGUAGCGGUAACAUGGGUAAUAUCUUCGGCAACGGGGGUGGCGUCGGCGACGUGAAUGACAUGAGCGAGGCCGGCGAGGUCACCAUGCCCAGGAACACCAUGAAGAGGACCCCCACACCGGUGCCGUCGCCCGCUCCAGCGUACACUGUGCCCAAUGUGUACUCGAGCUCUCACUACUACGAGAGUUUGCCGAAGAAGAUGAUGAGAUCGCCGAGCGACGUCGACACACUGGGAAGAGCGAGCGUAUUGCGCGACGGCGCUGCCUUCCGGCCAGCGUCUGCCCCGCAUCCGCACUUGCUGGAUAACCAUUUUUACCAACCGUUCGCUCAUCCCUCUGAUCCCUUGCAUCCUCAUACCGCGCCUCACACGCCGACAGAAAUGGAACAGCAGUUGGAACGAGCGCGAUCCGAGGAACGCAGUAACUGCGACAUCAAGGAGAGCGUUGCCGAAGAUCUUCGAAUAAAACAAGAGCCAACAGCGUUGACCGAAAAAGUGGAUAAGUUGGCGGAGAGGCUAUCCGAGGUUUAUUCCGGACGAGGAUUCGACGCGAGCUCGUACGGACCGAACUCGGAUCAUCUGCCACACGGAGCACAGCUGGGUCCGGCGAUAGUAGCACCGAUUGUACCGGCUCAUCCGCCGACAUCCGAUCGAAAACCCACGCCCGCAAUGUGGAAUACGAAGAUCAACAAGGCCAGCACUGUCUCUACUGUCGAUGGCGGUAGAAAACUCAAGUGUCCGUUCUGCGAAAGAUUGUACGGUUACGAGACGAAUCUGCGGGCUCACGUGCGACAACGUCACCAGGGUAUCAGGGUGCCGUGUCCGUACUGUUCGCGGACGUUCACCAGGAACAACACGGUCAGACGACACAUCGCGCGGGAACACAAGGAUGAGCUCGAAGACACGAAGAUGUUCGAGCAGUCCAACCAUUCGGACACCGUGCCCCGGUGUCAGUAACAAAGUCUUCGGCGUCGCUGUCGUCCUCGCCGUCACCAUCGCGGUCGUCGAGGUCGCGGUCCUCGCGGUGGCACCGGAAGCAACGAUCCCGGCGACCAUCCCGUUAGAGCCGACGGCGAGACCGAACCGCGGAUAGAGGUGCGAAACAGAGGAGAGGCUGCAGAGUAGGUACCUUCGUUUUCCCUUCGUCGUCGUCAGCGAACGCCGUCCCGUUUCCUCGUCGCGAGGACAAUUUCCUCCUCCCCGUGCGCUCCUUAAAGAUCCGCCGAGACACGUUGACGAGAGAAACGACCAUGAAGAUUCGUUUCACGGAGGAAGAGACACACGGAAGAGCACGAAACGUGCGGAAUGCGCACGGAUGCGCCCGCGAAAACGCUGCGAAUCACAAAACUAGUCAAUGAAAGUGCAACGGUCGAGUAAGGAUUAUCGAACGCUAGGAGCUUCUUAAACGGGCGAGAGAUAGCGAGAGUGAAGGUAAAAAGCGGAGCGAACAGAGCGCGCAUAAAUAUAAACUCACACACGGAGAUAUUUAGCAUAACGCAGACGACUGCGACGAGAGAACAACGCAAACUCAGGUAAACUAAUCGCAGCGCGAUAAGCGCGCUGUUUCUUCGGAUAAUUCAUUACCGUAGAUAUCGGGAAAUUACACUCGCCGUGGUAUUUUUCAUUCGUUGGUACCACUAGCGGAUCCUGACAUCGAUAAUGGGGGAGGGGGAUUUCUGCAAAAUUAUUUGAUUUCAUAUUUUUGGUUUCUUUUUGGCUUAGCUUUCACUCCAGGAUCAACGACGAGGACAUGAUGAACCUUCUAAUUCCAUUUUUACUUAAAUAUUUUAAGCGGAUUCAGCAAAAUUAAUUUCUUUUAAUUUGCAAGGGGGGGUUUAAUCCUACCCUCCUCCCCAGGAUCCGCCAGCGGUUGGAACCAUUCACUUAUUUCCGUUACUAUUAUCGCUGUGAUGAAUCGAGCCUAUAGGAUCGUGACAUUCGAGCGAUAUAUAUUCGAAGACGUUAAACGUCUACGCGCGCACAGUGCCAAACCAGACGCUUUUAUACUCUGGACACAUCAGCUUUCAAUUUCGCCCGUUUGUACACACACGUGACGCACACAUUAAUUGCUAUAUAAUAAUAAUAGUAAUAAUAAUAACGUGGUGACAUACACACAUAUCGCGCCGAGAUGACACCCGACGACACGCAGACCUUUUAUACAGAUACGAUUUUAUAUAACAUUUACGAGAUUACUAGGGCGGAUAAUUAUCGUGCGAUUAGCCGCGGGAGAACCCGCGACUGCCGAUGAUAUACUUCUUGGUGAACGCGCAUCGAGGAAGCGCGAGAGACGAGCAAUAUAAUCUCACGUUGAUACAUCGUUACGACGACAUUGAUUUUUUUUUUCUAAUCCCUAGAGAGGCGCCCAAAUCGCAUUCGCCACGGAAGUUUGUCGCAGCGCCGGUUAAAUCCCGCGGCGAAACAAUCACUACCACUUUGUUACCUGUUUACAAUGUUUAAAAAGAUGCGGACUUUUGUCCGCGGAGCAAUAGUCGCGUACCGAGAAUAUAGCGUAUAGAGCCAUCGAUCACGUAAAGAAAAAUAGUGCGCGCGAUUGCGCGCGAAAUAGUUGCUAUCCCGGUUGUAUAAGAGAUGUGAUCAAUGCAAUAGAUUUAUAUUACACAUUACUUAUAUGUAUAGAUAUAUAGAGAUAUAUACUCCUAGUCAGGAUGGCACCCACGAUAUUACUUGUUACAGUAUUUAUACAGAUUAUUCUCUCUUAUUUUUUUUUUCCGUUUUAUUUGUUCUCCCUUUUGUUUUAUGCAGAAAGUUUAAAUGGUUAUUCUCACAACGAUACCGCCUAUACCGUAAGUUUAUCAGAGACAAUAGAUGAUAUAUAGAGAAUUAUUUAGUAUUUAUAAAGCGCGUCGUGCGCGAGCCGGGGAUACAAUAGUACACGAGAUAGAAGCCGAAGAAAUAGAUAGAUAGAGAAAGAGUUCAGUUUCAUUUUGUUUCCGUUUUUUCUGUUUUUUCUUUUCCUUUUUUUUUCUUCUUUUCGUAACAUUCAAUAUAUGUCAAAUAUAUACGUCAAAUAUACGCGAGCACUCGUCGCGCACGCGCGCGUAUACCCUGCCAAAAGAAGUAUGACAGACUACCUCAUUGUUUUGCGAUGCAUUACACACACAGGGAACACAAUAGCGAUUAUACUAUAUGAUACAAAUCUGUACAUUCCGUACAGCCGCUAAUACUAUUACUACUACUACUACUACUACUUGUCCAGUUAGUAUCGGAGCAGUUUUCCUGCCAUUGCUACCCUGGCGUAGGGUGACGCAAGAUCGUGGAUCUCGGAGCUUGUCAAUCAUGAUCGAUCCAUUUCCGCUCAAAUCAGAAGGAAUUUAUCCAAUGCUAGUCAAUUAUGUACAUUUAUUUUCCGCCGCAAUUAGUUUCAGCCAACAGCAUUUGUCAGAAGCUCCGGGAAAUUCGGGAAAAGUUCCGAGAUCCUCGGAUCAUACGUGAUGUCUAUCUAUUAUACGUAUAAUAGAUCCGUUUGUUUUUCUUUCCGUUUUUUGCGAGGGCGCGUUUUAAGGUAACAAGUGUACGUAUGUACAACUGUAAAUCUUAGCGAGCGAAAAAUGUGCGUACAGGUACACGCGUGAACAAAUGCGUGCGAAUAAAUGCGUGCGCGGUUCUUCGCGAAGAUGAUUUUCGCGUGCGAGAUGGUUCGGAGAAAGGUGGAAGAGCCGAAUUUGCAAAGUCCGUUGUCAAAAUUGCGACGCGUUCACCGGUUGAAAGCUGGAGGCGAGAAAGAAGGUGACGAGACAGAAAGAAAGAGCGAGCGAGAACGCGGAAAGAGAGAGCGUUAGUUGCCCAAAGUCGGCGAUGUAUUGAUAAACGACAAGAAAUAGCGAAAAGUGAAAUUUAUUCCGACAAAAGUGACAUCGAUUAUCUCGAGGGCGCACGAAGUUAACCGGGGAUGGGAUUAAUGAUGCUGGACGACGAAGAUUACAUAGUCAUAGGGAAGUUAAUUCCCCGGAGAGAAGCCGCGGGAAGGAUAUUCAAAGGAUGUUAUGUGUCGUUUACGUAUGUGAUGAAGAUAGGAACAUACACACACGCGCAACACGUACACACAUACGCACACACAGGGGGAUGGAGAGAAAGAAAGAGAGAAAGUGGCGAGAGAGGAACAUACACACACACACACGCGUGGACAGCACGCGGAACACACGCUCGUGUAAAUAGAUAUGGUCGCGUAUGCCAAGUUAUAAUGAAAAUCUUUUACUUAAUAUAUAUACGAAAUAUAAAUAUAAAUAUAUAUAUCUAUUGUUUUCGGCUGUUCUGCUAAGCAGAGGCAUACAACAAAGAUGCGAGGGAGAAAAGAUACCUUUAAGUGGUACAAUGAAUUAGCGUUAAGUUUAACAAGUAGAAGGAUCCAGUUAUAUCGGGAGUGAGCGAAAUUUGAAAGUUAGAAUAAUAAUGUCAGACGCGGAGUUUCAGAUAGAAAGAGAUGGUUAAACCCAGGGUUUAAUAUUGUUUUGUCAUACGUAAGGAUUAGGAGAAUGCAUACGUAGUAAAGGUAUUCCCAACACUUACACACGUACACAAUGCAGUACACAUUGAAAGAACAAAGAGCAACACGUCUCAGUCGAGUAAAAAAAGAACACGUACCUAAAAGAUAAUCAAUGUAGAAUUAAAAUGAAUUUAGAAUUAGUCAUUAAUUAUAUUAUCGCGACAUGUAUAUCGGCUACGCGCAUAAAUGUAUUUAAAACGGCCAGAAAUCUCGGACCGAUUUUUCUUCCGGAAUUACGUCUCUUUUUCGCGAUAAACUUUGCUUCAUUGAUGAUUGUCUCUUGUCUCUCGGAAAAUCCGCGUUUAACUCGAUCUUCUAAAUCUAAUUAUCGAUUUCGUCGUAUCGCUUUGCUCAAAAUAAAUUUGGAAAACGGCUGCUUUCGAACUUUCUUUUAUUUAAUUUUUAUUUUUAUAUAUAUUUUUUUUUAAUUUCCUAUAUCCUCUUCGAUUCUCUCUCCGGUUUCGUUCGCGUCAAUCCCGAGAGUCUCGAGGGCUCGAGAAUAAUACAUUAGAUUUCGCCGUUUAUGAUCGAUUUUCGUCGAGGUGCGCGUGCAAGAGAUCGGAUCCGCGACCGGAAGUCGAGAGUGCGAGACGCGCGCGCUUCCGCCUUCAAAGUUUUCAAGAUCCUCGGGUCCGGUUAUAUCCGGUGUAAAAAAUUAUACUUGGUCUAUAUGUAUAUAUAUGUACACGCGGAGAAAAAACAAGCAUACACACUCACACACCGUACACGCUACACAUGUACACGACACUCGCGCGAUGCGCGUACGCGUAUGUAUGUACCAUUAUUGUAUCACGGCGUAGGUUAAAAUGUUGCAUGUUGUUUCUAUAAUAUGUGUUUUACGGAUUGAGAAUCCUUUAUAAAUGUCGUGUGUGACACAAGGCUUGACACGAGACGCGUGGGAGAUUUCGCACCGUGACUCGCUCGCACGCGCACGCUUUCGAAAAGCGUAUGUGAAAAAAAAUCGUGCGAGGCAGCUCAUCCGAAAAAUGGGAAAUUCGAGUGAAUUUGUCGCGACACUUGAUUCCACAAAUUUGACUCCAAUCGACUUGUUAUAAUAUUUUCUAAAUUAAGAAUAAGCAUAUGAGAUGUGAAAAAAAAUUCGAACGCAAAGAGGAAGUCUCGCACUUGUUUUUCCAUCUUUUUCGCUCUUUCUGCAUAAGAUCAUCGUGUCACGCUAACAAUAUUAUGGUAUAAUUCUCGAUCAAAUUAUUAGAAAAUGCGCGCGUACGAGCACGUUGGCUGUCACGGUGUGACCGGGCUUUCCGCACAAUGGGGAACCUUCGUUAUCAUUCGCGUCGCACGGGCAGCGCGAAUCAUGAAAGAUAAAGAGAAACGCAUCGCUGCCCGCGUGAUGAGAGUGAGGGAGCAAAAUUGAAUGUCAUCACUGCACCUACACCGCGCGCAGAGAGUGCACUGGCAACUACUGUACCGUUUACUCGUAUAGUAUAUAAUAGUACUAUACCGUAGUUGGAUAAUGAUUACAUAGUACAUGUAUCACGCACGCAUAAGCAUUAUUUAAAAUCGAAGAAGCAAAAAAAAAUGAAAAAGUAAAAAAAGCAAAAAGAGAAGAAAAGUGCAGAAGAGGAGGACAAAAAGUGGUGAAGGAAAAAGAAAAAACAUACAAACAAACAAACAGACAAACGCAUAGCAUUAGCGAUGUCGUAGAGCGGGACCUCGAACGUCCGGGGAACGAGCGGCUCGUUUCCCGGCUGCGACCUAUAGUACAAAAUAAACGUAAUGUUAAGGGUUAACAAACGGGACAGACAGGAGACGUGUGGAUUUUGUGAACUUACUAUACACGCUGUUAAAUUAUAGGUAAACAUAGAAAAAAAAAAAGAAGAGACCAAAUGCGCCUUGCGGCCGGACGCGUCGGGGAUACGAGCUCGUCGUCGAGGACCGUAUCAUCAUAAUCGAUCCUCGCUCAAACAAGAGAUCCAACGCGAUCACGAUGACGAUUUCAUAUAUCCCUCUUCCCCGUACACCUCUCAUCGAUAUAAAGAUCCGAUCGAGAUCUCGCGAUCGUACCCUCGGGGAUAAGACCGAUGACGAGCUGAUCUACGGAGUUGGACUUCCUCGAGAGGCACGACGGCGAGAUAUCCCGCGCGCAUAUCUCGCAUCUGUUCCUCACCUCUUAUCUCAACAAUAAGACUGAUCUCUCAUCGUAGUGUUGACGUACAAUAUGCAAAAAAAACACUGCCACGGAGGAGGGAGCCUCCGCGAGAGCCGCGUCACCGGCGCGUCCAAAACGGCCGCGGCCAUCGCCGCAAUAACGGAUCACAAUACUUCGUCGGACACUAGUACAAAUGCUACCUCACACACACGACUUACAGGGUGCACACAGAAUGAAGCUUACGAAAGAUCACUGUAUAUAACACAUAAAGCGAUAGUUUUCAAGAUCGGAUCGGCGCGUCGCGCGGCCGCCGCCGGUCUCCGUCUCGGGAAAUGAAGCGGGAAAUCGAGGAAAGUGGGAAGACGCGGAGAAAAUAGCGGAGAAAAGCCGUUAAUGAUCGGACAGGGACUUUCCCGAGAACCCCGGCGAACCGCGGACGACGCGUCACGAGUCCUUCUCUCAGGAAUAUGAAAACCAAGUACAAACUACAAAGUAUAAUAGUCGAUAAGAUUUUUAAAUAAACAUAAAUCAUUGAAUCAAGCGAUGCAAUAGUCGGGUGUAUAGUAGGGACUGUUUAGGUGUGUUCGUUUUUUUUGUUUUUUUUUUUAAAGCCUCUCUGAUACAUUGCCGUGAGUUUAUUGACCGCGAAUCUUUUCGAUCACUCGCCACGAGAUCACCGUCAGAUUCUUAUCAUUGAUUUUUCUCUCGCAAUUUUCCCGCUUGACAGCAAACCUUGCCCGUAUUGGCGGUUAUUAUACAUACAAAUUAUACAUAAUUAUACAUAUACGUACAUAUACAUAUAUAUAUGUAGCGGGUCCACGCGCUUUUCUCAAGUUUCUUUACGCGGCUCAACGCGAAUCCUUUUCUCGCAAGCGUUAAACGUAUGCAAAUGUUCUCGUUGCUAUAUAUAUAUUUAUUCUUUGUUGACUUAUUUCACCUCGUCUCCUAAUUGCUUUCCCUUUCCUCUCGUAGUAGUCGUUGAUCAACCUUCCCAUUUGUCGGUAUCCGUUUGGCCGGCCGUUUAUAUCCCACCGCGCGAGUUUAAUGAUUUUUCUUUAAUAUAUACAUAGUAAUACACAAGUAAAACGUAAUUAUUUGAAAAAUGAAUUGACGAAACAAUGAAGACUUCACUCUUUCCGUUUCGCCUCGGUGAACCGCGAAGAUCACCGUCGGUGCCAAUGGAAUCCUCUCCUUCUCUGAUCAAUGAGCAAUUAUUAUCAGAUUUGCCGGAUUUAAUUUCCAUUUUUUUCUCCCAUUUUAUUUUCUCAAUGCUAUAUCGAUGGCGAACAUAUGCGAGUUUUUCUUUUUUAUUGGACACAAGUUGUUUACCUGGUACUCGGAGAAUACCGAUAGUCAUGCCUCUCACCAAUACAUAUACAAUAAUGAUACAAUAUAUAUUGAUAAGUAUACGAAACCGCUUCUACCUCAUAAUUCCGUAUCUAUAUUUAUAUAUACGUAUACCGAUAAGAGUUACGCGCAUAUUACAUAUAUAGCUAUCUACGGUUCCUCUGUUUUUACGCGAAGUAUUAUUUUUAUUCUUCGUUUUCUCUAUCGCCGCAUAUUUACGCCGAGAUAAAAUUGACGACAGACGAAUGAGAUUUACACAUGAAUUUACACGUGCAUAUUUAAAAAGACAAGAACAGAGAAAAGAGAACAUAUAUAUAUAUAAUAUAUUCUCACAUCGGACCUUCCACGAUAUCACAGAUACCCCUCCCUCUUCUCCACCCGAGUAUAAUGUAAAUACAUCGGUUUAUAUUUAUUUAUUUAUGUUUCUAUGCGCUGGACGCGUCUAUGUUACACGCAAUUGCAAGUUAAUUGAUAAUCUAUCCCUAUAUUGAUGACAAGAGAAAGAGAGAGAAAGAGAGUACACUCAUUUUUCAAUAUAAAUAUAUAUAUGAAAAAGUAUAUAUAUACAUAUAAAAAUAGAUAGUUAUAUAUCUAAUAUUAAGGAGAGUACUUGUUUAGAUCUUAAGUGAUCCCCAUCGUCGUGGUCCCGCAAUGCGACUGCAUUCUCUAUGAAAAACUAAAGCAAGGAAGAAACUUUAUCUAUAGUAAAAUAAAAAAAAAGAAAAAUAUGGCGUUUAUACAUCCGGUGGCGCGGUGCACGUCCGGCGAGCUUCUUCCGGCGCGUCGAAAAUAUCGCGAAGUCCAAAAUCACGGCGAACGUUUCCUCCCUCCUCAUCCGGGAAAACUCGCGUGUUUCUCGCUGAUCUGUGAAUGUCUUGCUGUAAUUGUUUUAUACCUUACUGGUCCCUCUCAGGACUACGCAAGCGCGUAAUCGAAUUUGCCAUCAAAUCAACUUAUGCGAGCCGGAUCAGCGCGAAUCACUUUGAUUUCUUUGAUGGUGGUAUAUCUGAGUCGUGUCGACACGAUAAAUUCGUAGCGCAUAGAUUUGUCAACGAAUGCAAUUUCUUUGUUGACAACACGACUCGGAGAGUCAUCCUACGUCUACGAAUCCCCUUUUUGCGUUCGAUUCGCGUGUCACGUUGUUUUUAUUCAUAUCAUUUUUCAUCCCCUCGCGGAUGAACCAAGAUUUGUGAAGGUUUUUCCGGCGCGAACGCGAGACUCGCGGCGUGCGCCGCAAAUACGUGGUUACCAAUUUUGUUUUAAGUUGAGAGAUUAAGUUUACGUUACGAAUUAUUGCUAUAUAUAUGGGAUGGAAGAGAAGGAAGCUAAAAAGAGAAGGAGAGAGAGAGACAGAUGCGAGACGCCGAGAAGUCUCGCUUAUCUGCUGUAUGAGCGAAGCGCGCACGGGCAUAGUUGUGUUUUCGAGAAAAUACGAAACGACAUUUCGCGUUAUAUAUAGAUAGAUAUAUAUAUAAAUAUAUUACGAACUAUUUUAUUUAUAAGAGGCGACAAAAGGUACGCGUGAAUACGUACGUAUGUGUGAGUGAGUGCUUGCGAGAAUGCGUAAGAGCUAAAGAAGAAAAGCGAUCGAUACGAGGAAAAA